GGAGCUGGCCUUUCCUCAGUACAGUUAUCUCCACUCCGGUCAACGCAGUAGCAAGAUGCGAGCCCUGCUGUUGGUAACACUGCUAGUCGCAGGGGCCCUUGCCACUGCUCCACAAAAGCCCAGGAGGCACUUCGGCACGCUGAACGCUGCCAACAUCAACGACUACAUCGACCAAGUGCUGCCCAACAUCGCACAGUUCCUGGCGGAUCAUGGGCUGGACCCCAUCGCAUUGCCGGAUGACGUCCAGAGCUUCUCAGAGGAAGGCCCGCUGGGGACGGUGUGGCACGGAGAGGUGGGGCUGUUCGACGGCUCUUUGUCCGGGCUGUCGCAGGUGGUCAGGGCCGGGGAUGCCUUUCUCGACUACUCCGACCUCCACUUCAAGGUCAACAUGACGCUCGGCUUCACUGCAGUCGACCUGACCUACGGCUUCGAGUGCCAGCUGAUGGACAUCGGACCCAAAGGCACGCUCUACGGAACGGUGCACGAUCUGGCCGUCUUUGCGGAGCUCUCGCUGGACAUGAGCAACCUCACCAGUCCAGCCGUCGCGCUCAACGACCUCUACUUCUCCAAUGCGGGGACGCUCGACAUUCACAUAGAGGGCAUCGGGCUGGACCUGCUCGACAACAUCCUCGCUGACAUCGUAACGGGGCUCUUCCAUGGCGUCAUCCUCGACGCCAUCGAGGACAAAGCUCGUGAGGUCAUUGAGAAUGCGUUGGAUGGACUGAGUAUGAAGACGCUGUUGCCUUUCGUGAGCCGACUCAUCAUCAACCACCGCUCUCACCUGUAGACGCCAACAACAGACAGCAACAGAGACGCCUGGCAUCUAGCCUUCCCUGCUGUGCACCACCUAACCCUGGCUGCGUCACUACUACAUAUCUCUACUGUUGUGUUGUAGUCUGUAUUACACCAGCCUCUCUACUCUGUCAACAUUCUCUUCACUAUUCUACACUGUGUGCAAACUUCAAAAGGAAAAUAAACUUCAUUUAAAAUAGA